AUGGUGAACGGAAGUAUUUCAUCUCACGCUUCUCGCGACUUUUAUCUCGACGUCGACGUUAGUGAAGCUAUCAUGCGCCCCACGCCGGCCUCACUCGCACGUAUCCUCCCCCGCUCUAGCGUCCCUCGCAAGCUCGUCCGACCCGAACUCCGCCCUCAGCCAAACAAAGCCAACGCACCGACGCUCAUCUCCAAGCUGCUGGAGCAGAAGAGGGAAACGAUCAGGGCUGGGCAGAAGUGGCCUGCUAAUCUUAGGAUUGAGGAGCCGUUGACGAGGAAGGACUGGGUUGGGGUGCCGAGGGAUCUGAGGGCGGAGCUGAAGAAGCUGGUCAAGGAGAAGUAG